AUGGAUAGAUCAACGUUUGCGCUGCUGCUGGUGCCGCCUUAUCGGUCCACCUUCGAGAUAUUUACCUCUGUGUUAAAAGCACCGGUGCCCACCUUCUUUGACGUCACGUCUGUGGAUCGCAUGCUUCUCGUCCGGCUUGGACGAAAAAUCGACUCGACUUUGCUGCAUUACAUCUUGUACUUGGUCGAGUUUCACUUUGCCUUGUUCGCAGUGCUAUUCGUGUGCGCCCAGGCUAAGCGAAGCUAUAACGCCACCACCAACGAACUCUACCGAAUGGACGGCGUGACUCGGUCGCCGCUCAAAGCUCUUGUUGGGGAAACCUACCAGAGCCGGAGCACCGUCCACGCCUUUGCCAUAUCUGAAGUAUUUCCACAGAAACAGCACCAAGCUGUGGACAACCACAUGCUCUUCCACUUGCAUACAGCAUUCGCCGCUCGGUGGUUUCACAUGGUGCGGGAUCUGCUCGGCAUCCACGAGAUGGUCACGUACAUGGGAAGCAGCUGCUGGCUCCACGUCACUUCAUCAUGCACAGAUCCAGGGGAUUUGACGGCAACGUAG